GAACUUUACUAUAUCUGUACUCUGCACAUGUCUAAUGAUACUGUUGCACCAACACAACACAUUUUAUCCGUGCGACAUCCAGGGGCUUCCAAGAAAACAAAGGAACAGAUCGAACUCCACGGCCCCCGUGAUAGUCGUGUUGUGCAGUACUUUCACUCAUGUAGUAUCUGAGCCCAUCUCUUGGGCCCCCAGGGCUUCCAAGACAUUGCAACGCGCGGAGCCCGUACGUGGAGCACAUCAAGAUGUGUUAGGAUCUUGAGAAAAUCACUCAGUUGCUGCGCAUAUUAUAAGUAUCAUUAGCCUCUGGGACGAAAACAAGUUGUAAAGCAAGCGGACGCUGUUUCCUCGAUACACAACGCUUGAACGGAGUGACUCGCCACCGUUCUAGGCCUUGGAAAUCAUGUCUGAAAAACGACAGGAGGGACCAAAAUCAACCCAAGAUGGCGAUCGGGAAGACAGUGCCCUGAAGGCGUAUCUGAGGGUCUUCACUUUCGGCGCCUCUAUAGAUCAUGUCAUGUUUGUAAUUGUGGCUGUUACAUCUGUUGCAUCUGGUGUCGGCACAGCACUUCAGAAUUUGAUCUUCGGUUCAUUCAUUACGCAAAUCACAGGCUUUGCAUCCGAAACAGCAGAUGGAGCUGAAUUCCCCAGAGCUGCCGCAAAACUCGCGUUGUACUUUGUCUAUAUAGGUAUCGCAAAGUUUGCUCUCUCCUACGUAUACACGUCACUGUCUACUCUAGCCGCCUAUCGUAUUACACGUAAUAUCCGACGUUCAUACCUCCAUGCAGCCCUGCGUCAAGAAGUUGCGUAUUUCGACUUUGGAACCGGUGGUUCUAUCGCAAGCCAGGCGAUCUCAAAUGGCCGUACCAUCCAAAUGGGCAUUUCAGAGAAGCUUGCUAUCAGCUUCCAAGGAGUCGCAGUCUUUAUCGCAGCGUAUACCAUUGCGCUUGUAACGCAAUGGAAACUUACACUCAUUACACUCAGCAUUGCACCCGCGAUUCUGAUCGUCACUGGGGUGACAGCCACCCUAGAUGCCGCCGUUGAGUACAAAAUCCUCGACACAUACGCCGAGGCGGGUUCGUUAGCCGAAGGAAUUCUCGCCAGUGCCCGUACAGUACACGCUUUUGAGCUCCGCGAAAGACUCGUCGAGAAGUUCGACCGCUUCCUGAGGCACGCACAUUCAUUAGGAAACAAGAAAUCUCCAAUCUAUGGCGUACUAUUCUCAUUUGAGUUUUUCGUCAUCUAUGCUGGCUUUGCACUGGCAUUCUGGCAAGGCAUUCAGAUGUACAGCAGAGGGGAAAUCAAGAACACUGGCCAAAUCUUUACGGUCCUCCUUUCUGUCGUGAUUGGAACAACGAGCGUUACGAGUCUCGCGCCUUAUUUCAUCGAUUUUGGACGGGCAGGAUCGGCUGCGCUCAAGCUCUUCCAACUCAUCGACCGCAGCUCCGAAAUUGACCCCUUUGAUGAAUCGGGGCUCAAACCAAAGGAAACUGUGGGUGAUGUCGACAUCGAAGGCAUUAAUUUUGCAUAUCCAACUCGCCCUGGCGUAACAGUGCUUGACGACUUCUCUCUGCAUAUCCCAGCUGGCAAAGUGACGGCCCUAGUAGGAACAAGCGGCUCAGGAAAGAGUACGAUUAUUGGCCUCAUUGAGCGAUGGUACAACCCGAGCUCUGGUACAAUCAAGCUAGAUGGCGUUUCCAUCGAUGCAUUGAACCUGAACUGGCUGCGACGAAACGUCCGCCUGGUUCAGCAAGAGCCUGUGUUGUUCCAGGGAACUGUCUUCCAAAAUAUCGCGUACGGUCUUGUCGGCACUCGGUGGGAGAGCGCAUCCCAGGAUGAACAAAUGAGACUCGUUCAAGAGGCUGCCAAGGUUUCAUUCGCCCACGAUUUCAUUACGGAGUUGCCGGAAGGAUAUCACACUUCCAUUGGACAAAGAGGUAGUUUAUUAUCUGGAGGACAGAAACAAAGAGUCGCCAUUGCCAGAAGUAUUAUCUCGCAGCCUAAGGUACUCCUGCUCGAUGAAGCGACCAGCGCUCUAGACCCCCACGCUGAGGGUAUUGUACAACGAGCCCUCGAUGAGGCUUCAAAAGGACGAACUACCAUUGUCAUAGCACAUAAGUUAGCAACCAUUCGGAGAGCUGACAACAUUGUAGUCAUGAGCCAUGGCAAGAUUGUCGAACAAGGAAACCAUGACGCUCUGAUGCAAGGGGAUGGGGCAUAUUCUAGACUUGUGAAGGCGCAAAACCUUUCUGUCGGCGACUCUGAGUCUUCUGCUAGCAGCGAAAUAUUAGCAGAAUCUGUAGAUGAUGCUGGCGUAUACGACAAGGUUGAGCCAAUGACGACACUAAUAUCCCGCCAGAUGAACGAACCGAACCCUACAACAUCCAGUCUGGAACGUGGAAGUUACGCCAGCCACAAACAGAUGGGACUGGUACGUGUCAUUCUACGAAUCAUCCAGGAAACGCCUGAAUUGAAAUGGACCUAUACUAUGGUCGUUCUCGGAUGUGUAGCAGCUGCUGGUGCAAAUCCUGGUCAAGCACUCCUUAUGGGGAAACUUUUAGAUGUCUUCACCAUGCCAAUUUCUGAGAUGACCACUCGGAGCAACUUCCUUGCACUGAUGUUUUUCGUACUGGCCCUUGGGGUUCUUGUUUGUUACUUCAUCAUGGGCUGGACAACGAACGUUGUUGCGCAGACUUUGAGCCAUAAGUUCCGAAGACAGUGCUUAGACGACUUCCUUCGGCAAGACCUGCAAUUCUUCGACCACAGGGAAAACAAUACUGGCGCCCUUGCCGGCAAAUUGAGCUCUAAUCCACAAAGCGUGUUAGAGUUGAUGGGAUUCAAUAUCGCUAUGAUUCUGAUCGCCACUAUCAACGUCGGCGUAUGUGCGAUACUUGCAAUAGUGUUUACAUGGAAAUUUGGGCUUGUCGUCGCAUUUGCUGGCUUACCACCACUUGUUGGCGCAGGUUACCUGAAAGUUCGUCUCGAUUCCAAAUUGGACCACACCGUCUCCGAAAACUAUUCGGAAAGUGCUGCUAUUGCUUCUGAGGCUGUCACCGCCAUUAGAACUGUAUCCUCGCUUGCCAUCGAGCAGUCCGUUCUUGAACGUUAUGCUACGGAGCUCAACAAUGCUGUCUCAUUUUCAAUCCGCCCCCUUUUCACAAUGACUAUCCUCUUCUCUCUUACUCAAUGCAUUGAGUACUUCUUUCUAGCACUUGGAUUUUGGUACGGAUGCCGCCUACUUUCAACCGGUGAAGUCACCAUGUAUGAGUUCUUUGUUGCUUUCAUGGCCAUGUUCUUCUCCGGCCAAUCUGCUUCCCAAAUGUUCCAAUACUCAAGCAGUAUGACGAAAGGAAGGAACUCUGCCAACUACCUCUUCUGGCUUCAUGAUGCUCGGCCUACGAUCCAAGGAAACCCGGACAAUAUGCACUCCGCACCUAAAUCUGGCGAUAAUGUGCUUUGCGAUGAUUUACGAUUCGCUUAUCCUCUGAGGCCCGACGCAAGAGUCCUUCGCGGAAUCAGUCUGAAUAUCCACAAGGGCCAAUUUGUUGCCUUUGUCGGUGCCUCGGGCUGCGGCAAAAGCACCAUGAUUGCAAUGCUCGAGCGAUUCUACGACCCAACUUCUGGAUCCAUCCGCAUUGACGGCGAUGCGGUGCCUACCUUCAAUCCUCGCCUCUACCGUCGCAUCAUUGCUUUGGUGCAACAAGAACCAGUCUUGUUUCGUGGCAGCAUUCGUGAGAACAUUUCUUUGGGCAUCGAUUCUGGAGAAGAAAUCACAGAUUCAGCCAUCGAGGAAGCAUGUCGGGCCGCUAAUGCUUGGGAGUUCAUUGCAUCACUUCCAGAAGGGUUGAAUACAGACUGUGGCAAUAGCGGCACCCAGUUGUCAGGUGGACAACGUCAGCGUAUCGCAAUAGCCAGGGCACUCCUUCGCAAUCCAAGGAUUCUUCUGCUGGACGAAGCUACUAGUGCACUGGACACGGAAUCCGAAAAAAUUGUUCAGCGGGCAUUGAGCGAUGCGUCGAGCGAUGGGCAGCGAAUCACCAUUGCGGUCGCGCACAGGUUAUCAACCAUUAAGGAUGCACAUCUCAUUUGCGUAUUCUAUGGUGGACGCAUCGUUGAGAAGGGAACUCACGCGCAACUAGUUGCGAAGGGUGGAAUGUAUAAGCAAAUGUGCGAGGCGCAGAACUUGGAGUAAAUCAAACUGUCCGAUCUAGGGUUUCUUUUGUUCAUCUUAACCAUAUUUCUUUUGGAAUAUUAAUCACACAUAGAUUAGAGCUUUUGCUUCUACCUUUGUCCAUUCACCAACGAGCUGGCCUCGUAGCCCAAUGUUGGAAAGGCUAUCAUACUACAUAAUAU